CUUGGUCACAACUCAAAACCCAAUAUUUAUUUCCAAACCUCACAUGCUUAAACUCUAAAAAAACUCAAAACCCCCCAUUUUUUGUGCUCAAAUCAUCAAUACCUGAGCUAUUUAAUUACUUGUCGCCUUGAAGUUGUUGUUGUCAGAGCAUAGAAAUCAAGGUAUAGAAUUAGAAUAGAAACUUUUGGAGAGAGAGUGUGUGUGUGUAUCACAUCACAAGUGGGAUUUUGUUUAUGUUUUUUAGAAACAUCAUUUGAAGCUUUGAAAUUGGCGUUAUAGAGUGAAUUGGGAAGCUCUUUAGAAUGGCUAAUGCUCAUUGGGACAAACACAGAAGAAGCUUGUUUUUGUUUUGAUUAUAGGAAGGAGACAAGAAGAAGGCAAAUGUAGAAGAAAAGAAAAGCAGAAAAAACAAAUACAAAGAAACAGAUUUGUUUGAAUAAACGCAAGUACAUACGACGAUGGAUUUCAGUUAUAACUUUCAGAUUCUUCCAAUCAUUUCCUCCUUUGUUUUCUUCCUCCUGCUGUGUUCCAGUGUUUUCUCAGCCAUGUCAGCGGCGCAAUUUGAAGAUUUCCGGCGAAUGAAUCAAACUUUCCGCCCAGGGGAAGAGUCAAAGAAAAUGAGAUUGAUCAGAACCCAUCUAAUGAAAAUCAACAAACCUUCUGUCAAAUCAAUUGAGAGUCCAGAUGGAGAUGUAAUGGAUUGCGUUUUGGUUCAUCAUCAGCCAGCUUUUGAUCAUCCUGUGCUGAAAGGAACAAAGCCAUUUGACCCACCGGAGAGACCAGAUGGGUAUAAUCAUGCAGGAACGGAGUCGGAAAACUAUCAGCUAUGGAGUUUAUCCGGCGAAUCCUGCCCGGAGGGAACAAUUCCGAUCAGAAGAACAACAGAAAGAGAUAUUUUACGUGCAAAUUCCAUUCAAAGAUUCGGUAGAAAAAUUCCAAAACCAGUCCGAAGAGAUUCUUCUAAUGGUGGCCAUGAGCAUGCAGUUGGAUAUGUAAGUGGAGAAGAGUACUAUGGAGCAAAAGCAAGUAUAAACGUAUGGGAUCCAAAGGUGACGGAUCGAUUUGAGUUCAGUCUGUCGCAAAUGUGGGUUAUUUCUGGUUCUUUUGGUGAUGAUCUUAACACCAUUGAAGCAGGUUGGCAGGUUAGCCCAGAGCUAUAUGGAGACAACUAUCCUAGAUUCUUCACUUAUUGGACAACGGAUGCAUAUCAAGCUACAGGAUGUUAUAAUCUGCUAUGUUCGGGUUUUGUUCAAACAAAUAACAAGAUUGCAAUUGGAGCUGCUAUAUCCCCAACAUCGUCGUAUAAUGGUGGACAGUUUGAUAUUAGCUUAUUGAUAUGGAAGGAUCCGAAGCAUGGAAAUUGGUGGCUUGAAUUCGGAUCUGGGGUCUUAGUUGGGUAUUGGCCGGCCGAUCUUUUCACUCACCUUCGAGAUCACGCAAGUAUGGUUCAAUUCGGGGGUGAAGUUGUGAAUAGUCAAGCCUCGGGUUCUCAUACCUCAACAGAAAUGGGAAGUGGACAUUUCUCUGGUGAAGGGUUUGGGAAAGCUUCAUAUUUUAGGAACAUGCAAGUUGUCGAUUGGGAUAAUAGUUUAAUCCCAUUGUCUAAUUUGAAAGUAUUGGCUGAUAAUCCGAACUGUUACGAUAUUAGAGGUGGGAUCAAUAAUGUUUGGGGUAAUUAUAUUUAUUAUGGUGGACCAGGUAAAAACCCGAGAUGUCCCUAAAUGGGCUCCAGUUUUUAUUAAGUACAAAUACACGGAUCAAAUUUUUAUAGCAAGCUUCAUUGUUUUACUUCGAUUUGGUGAUCAGCUCUCUUAUCAUGUGGGUUAUUCUUUUAAUCUUUGAGGUUUUUAUAGAUUGAACAAAUCUUGUAAAUUAGCAAUUUUGAGUUUAAAUGAUCAACAUGUUAUGGCUUGUGAUGUUAUUUUCCACUUGUUUAUGCA